GCUCAAAUAUUCGCAUCGGCAGUAUCGUCAUGCAAAGCAUAGAGGGGGAUCGAGCGAUUUGGCACGUUGCAUCCAAAGAGAGAACAGGUGACAAGAAGCACAAAAACCCGGGAAGGUUUUACAGAAAUGAGGUGGCUGCUCUUACUGCUUUGCAUGACAAAAUGAGGGAACAAAAACUUCAGAAAAUUGCCAUAACUAAAUUGGGAGCUGGAUUGGAUGGCAUUCCAUGGAAAUUCACAAAACAAAAGCUGAGAGAGAUCUUCGCAGAUGAUGACGUUACUCUGGUAGUGCACUACCUUCCUCGGAGGGAAGAGUUGCAGCGCGCCCCUUCAUCUCCGACAAACAGGACCUGGAGAACUGCUGGGUCGUGGACGCACAAGUCGAAGAGCUUUGUCGUAGGUAAAGCAACAAAGAAGCAAAGGACACUGCCCGUUUCGGAUAUGCUUGAGAGCGGCUCUUCGUCUAAUGCAACACUGGGAGGUGACGAGGAAACGCUGCUCGAUCGCCUAAACGUCACUUUGAGUAGUAUGAGAUCGGAAAUACAGCAGACCCGACAGAGCAUCGAGGAGCCGGCUACUGAGCGUUGUUCGUCACCAGGAAUCUCGACAUUCGUCCCUGAGGAUAAUAAGCAAAUAAACUCACAAACAUGUUCUUUUGUUUCAGCUGCGCUGCCGUGCCACUUAAUCAGCAGCGAUCAACAUGUGGCAAGGCCCGCAGCUUUCCCCGGGCAAGGCAGUGCCCCAUCAGAAUCUGCCAAAGUCACAGCAGGAACAGGUGGACAAGCUAGGUGCACACCGGAGACCUGUAAAAAAGCUGGGGUGCCCUCCCGUGCGCCUAGCCCCACCUCAUCGCCAGCUAAUAAAGUCUGGAGCCCAAUAAGCUACCUGGUGGGGCUGUGUCACAGACGAGAGGGACUGGAUGGAGGGACGCUCAUGACCGUAAACUGA